AUGCGUGUGGCGCUUGCGGAUGCACGAAGAAGUCGAAACGCAUGCGGUGGUUCGCGAGAGACGGCAGGGGGUUGUGGGGAGCAAGGGUGGGACACAGUGCAGUAUCCGCCUCCAAGAGCUGCCAUCGCCGCUGUUCUCCACCUUUUCGUGGUCGCAACCGUCAGAAGGUGUCAGUUCUUCCUAUCGUCAGAUUCUCUCUCUUCUCCAAUCAAUUUGUCUCUCUUCCUCAAUCAGUCUGUCUCUCUCUGUCUAGUCACUCUUUCUCCCAUUGUUGUGCCGCUAUCUUUUCAGCACAACUACCAUCACUCUUUCUACCAUUGCACCACUGCCUCCUCCACUACCACUACUAAGGUAACAAAAAUUGCGUCUUUACUCGUUGAUACGACUGCAUGUUUAUGUCGAGUAGAUACGGGGUUGAAAACUGUUGCUGGAGUAAAGAGGUAUGUCCCUGGAACAAAGCUGUGCCUUCGACCUGAUAUUAAACCAUCCAUUCACCCGACAAGAAACAAGCCAGCUCGUGGUGACAGAAGCCGAAAUCAGUCCCCACUACUUCCAGGACUUCCUGAUGAUCUAGCUAUUGCUUGCCUUAUCCGGGUCCCAAGGGUUGAACACCGCAAACUUCGGUUAGUCUGCAAAAGAUGGUAUCAUCUCUUGACUAGUAACUUCUUUUACUCACUCCGCAAGAGUCAUGAGGUUGCAGAAGAGUGGAUAUAUGUCAUUAAGAGAGACCGAGAUGGGAAAAUAUCAUGGCAUGCUUUUGAUCCUGUGUACCAACUAUGGCAGCCCCUGCCUCCAAUUCCUAAGGAGUACUCUGCAGCUUUGGGUUUUGGCUGUGCAGUUCUAAGUGGUUGUCACCUAUACUUGUUUGGGGGUAAGGAUCCAUUGAAGGGGUCAAUGAAAAGGGUCAUCUUUUAUAUUGCUAGGAAAAAUAAAUGGCACCGUGCCCCAGAUAUGCUUCGCAGGUGGCACUUCUUUGGUUCAUGUGUCAUAAACAAUUGUCUAUAUGUGGCUGCUGGAGAGAAUGAGGAUGUCCAUCGGUCCAAAGAAAGCAGUUGA